AUGAAUAUUGCCGCAACGGUUUCCCCUAACAGCGAAUAUAAAAGGAGCGAGGUUUCAACGCUGUUUAUCACUUGUUGUGUAAGAUUCAAGAAGAACGAAGCUCAGAAAAAAAGUCUUAAAGACUACAGUGCAAAGAUGAUUCGUUUGGGGUUUGUCCUAGCCCUGUGUGUCUGUGGAAGUCUCGCUUAUAACAUCGGAUAUGACUUGGAAGGUAGGCGAUUGACUAUGCUAAUUUUAUUUAUACUGAAUAGCUCUAUCAGUUUUAAACUGUUUUCUCAAAAGAUCGAGUAAGAAUAAUAUCUUAUUGGUCCUGUGUUACUGCAGGAGGAAACCUAAACUAAACUAUAACUUUAUUAAUACUAUAUAGCUCUAUCAUGCAGUUUUAAACCGUUCUCGUUGAACAGUAUCAAUGUAGCCAGAUGAUUGUGGGUCAAAUACUAGACUGUUAGUUGGUUGAUUUAAAAAAGUUUCUGGGGGUUUCUGUAAUGGCCGUUUUUAUAUAUCCUUUUAAAAUUCUUACACUGAAAGGCUGUCUAAUGUCAUAAAGGUAUCGCGUUUUCUGGGGCCAUCGGUACGGAGGCACACCGCCCCGAGGGAUUUUAAAUAAUUAAUUGAUUCGAUCCACUUUCCGUAACAUCCAACCAGGAAUUCUGGAAGCUUGGGACUUUUCAACUAAGUUGUUUACUGUGCAGGACUCCGCGUUUGAUAGUUUUUAAACUGUUCUGCCUAGAUUGAUAUUUAGAAAGAGCCUUUUGAUUCAUUUUUCAAUGUCGUGCAUUUGUGAUGAAAAGUGUUCAAAACCUAAAAUCUUUUGGGCGCUUCUCUCAAAAUUACUUUGUUUUAUAGCUUUAUUUUGUAGUUUACACAGUUGGCAACCUUUUUAAAUGUUUCUGGCGGUUGAGAAAUACAGAAUAAUAGUUCAAAUAUUGCCAAUUACAAUACAAUUAUCAAUGAUAUCGAUGCUGUAAAAUUAACGCCAUAAUUUAUGCAGCAAAACUUACUGAACUUUAGGCAUCAUUUUCUCUUUGGCGUACAAUCUAAAAUCUCUUCAUUUUAGCAUAAUUUUACAGAUAAAGCACUGAUAUACUCUUUAUACCCUGUUUGCCGCUUGAGAAACGUAUAAACAAUUUACAAAUUUGACCAUAGUCAAUAACCAAGUGGAAAAAUAUAUUCAUUACGACAUUAGUUUUGUGCGCGUGUUACGUAACAUACAAAUGAUUUUCCUCUUUAUGUUACUACAAGAGGAAACCUAAACUAAACUAAAUUUAUAUUUCUAUGCUGAAUAGCUCUAUCAGUUUUAAACUGGGCUCCCUAGUCAAACUGGAAACACUCUUCUCACAUGUGACUGAGGCGGUGAAACAUUAUAUACAAACAACUGAAUCAAACCCAAAUCACAGAGAUAAAAGAUAUAUAGCUAUGCACUAAACAUUGUUCCCAUCCUUUAAAGCACUUAAUUUAAAGAUUCCUAUAUAGUAUCGACUGACUUUUGCUAUUAAAGUAAAUUCCAAGCAACAUAUAUAAAGAUAUGUAUAUGGUAGCUAGUAUUGUUGCUGUACCCAUAGUUGGCGGUGUGUAAUUGAGUCUAAUAUCUCCUAACUGACAGCCACUCUUCUCUCGAUAUUUAGCCAUGGAUAGAGAAUGGUCGCGAGGCGUGCCGGGAACGGCUGGCACUGGUGGCAGCGGCAAUUCAGGUAUGGCGGUUUAUAAUAUGGAUUGACAUAACCGAGGGGUGCCCCCAGGGGGGUAGCGAAGCAUCUGAAGUUGGGGGUGUCGGAGGAUUUUACCUGAAAUUUGAACUUCAAUGUAAAAAAAUUUACCUGAAGUUUAGUAAUUAUAAUCAAGCUUUUUGCCGACUGAUUUGCACUGUCAUACUAAUAUAUAAGUUUCGGGAGAAAAGGGGGAUCUGGGAAUUAUUUUCACAAAAAUAAUUAGUUUAUUACGCAAAUUUUACAUGGAAAUGUCAAAAUUUUACAGUUGUUUCACUGUUGGGUGGGGGGUUACACCCCACACCCCCCGGUCGCUACGUCCCUGUCCCCUCUUAAUAUCAUUGACAGUUUAACAUUAAGCAUAAAAACCAAUGUAUACACCGCAUAGGAAUUAGAAAUGUACUCUCCAUUUCUGCAAAACGCAUUCGCUUGGAAAAAAGAGCCGGUCUUGCAAGUUCUAACCUUAUGAUUUAAAAUAUUUUAAAACUUCAGACUGCAAGAAAGAUAUGUGGAUUAUUUGGGAUAACUCAUGGUCAGUGGGGAGAUCAUCAUUUGUAGAUAAAGUCAGACCGUUUCUAAAAAGCCUCAUCAGCAGCCCACAACUGAAUGUUGGUCCAGAUGGCACGCAUAUUGGCAUUUUGACUUUCAGUACGCAGGCGCAGACUAGGGUGUUAUUGGAACUUGGAGAAAUGCAAUCCCCGGAGGCCCUCAACAACUACCUCGAUUCAUUAGAAUACGAUCAAAUAUCUGGAGACGGUACCCGAACUGGUAUGGCUUUGAAAAUAGCCGAUGAGGUGAGAUUUUGAUUUCUCUUUAGCGAAUACGGUGAAGCUUCAUUUGGGUACACACGCAAAAACGUACAAGUUGUAACAAAUUAACCUGCAGCAGACUUGUAGCAAUGCUGUUCUAACACGAGUUGUCUUAUCUUGAGCGUCUUAGGAAGCUUAAUUUAUUGCCUAUAUCUUACUGGCUUGAAAUAAAGGAUCUCAUCUUUUUUUUCAAAUGCAAACAAGGCCUCUACGACCUAGAUAUUUCAUCUUUUGUCACCUUUUCUUCUAAUCGCUCAUCUCGCACCCGUUCAAGCACUGACAACUUGCUUCAAGUCAAUCCGUGCAAAACUUCUCUGUUUAGAAACUCUUUUUUUAACCGAAUUGUCUUUCUAUGUAACAAUCUCUCCCCGAUCAUUCGUAACAGUUCGUCUGUUUCAUCCUUUAAGCUCCAGCUUCAUUCUCACUACUCUUCUCAAUUAAACACUUCUUUCGAUGUUAACAGAAUGCGCACUUGGAAAACCUACUGCUCUAAAUGCCGUUCUUUCAACUUAAGCUGUUGCUCAUAAUCUAAACUAUUAAUUUUUAUAUAGCUAUGUAAAUAGUGUUCUAGUCCUUGUUUUUAAUGUAUGUCUACUUAUUGUAUUGUAUGAGGGUGCUGAAGGGGGGCUCCCAAUCCCAUUUCCCACCUGAAAUUUUGGCAAAAUCCCAUUCCCAGUUGGAUUUUUAUUAGAAAUCCCAGUCCGAGUUAUUGAAAUCCCGGUCAAUAAAAAACCCUUUAUUUAUCGGUACAAUAAACAGUUUUAAGACUUUUAAGCAACCGUGUGUGCAAGUGGCGCACACUGUAUGAAAUUGGGGGGGGCUUGUGCCGAAGGCGCGGAAAAUUUUUAAAUUUGAGUCCCGGAAAUGGCAUUUGCAGCAUUCUGAGACACGCAUAAUCAGAAAACCCAGAAUUCCGGGCGCCAGAGUAUGCCUGUUCCCAGGUUGUGCUGUGAAUAAUAUACUUAACAACAAAAAUCAUGACCAAAGACACCAAAAACGAAUCAAAAUUGUAUUUUAAAAUACUUAAAACGUAGAAAAAUUGGGAAUCGAUUCGCAUUACCUCAAUCCCAUUCCCAUUUUUGAGGACUUCAUUUCCCAUUCCCAGUGGCCAAAUCCCAGUCCCAGCAACCCAAAUCCCAUUUUCCCAGUCUAAAAAUAGAUCAAUCCCAGUUCCCAUUUUACCCCUUCAGGACCCUCUUGUAUCAGGUUGGUCUUCACAUGGGACUCAUGUCCUGUUGACCACACCUUCAAUCAUUGUUAUAAUUCUUGUAUGAUUGUAAAGUUAAUAAAUAAAUAAACUUGUGAACAGGAUGUGUUCGCGCUGCUUGUUCCCAGCUUGUUGACAAGUUGUCACUGUUGUUGAGCUCAACAGACUUGUCACAAGUUGUUCUGCCAACAAUUUGUCAACAAGUUGUGAGUGACAACCUUGUAGCAACUUGAUAAAAUAACAGCAUUGUUACAACUUGUUGACAAGCUUGCUACAAGCCUGUUGUGAACACAUCUUGUUGACAAGUUGUGAGAUUUUUACGUGUGCAGAAACUUGACGUCCAAACCCACGUAGCGCCAUCGUAAUGUACAUUUAAAACUAAAUCAAAUAUUUUCUGUUCAAUGUAGAAAUUUAGCGUGUCAAGUCCAGGAAAUUAUCGACCAGAUGUAACAGAUGUGGUCCUGAUUUUCACGGACGGUGAACCGAUCAGACGUAGAGGCGAAGACAUAUUUGGCGAGAAAUACAGGAGUAGUCGUUAUGGCGAAGGAUUGCUUGCCAAGGAUCGAGCUCAAAGUCUCAGGGAAAAAGAUGUCACUGUGGUUGGACUGGCAGUGGGGACAGAGGCCACGUUGAGUAGAUUCAGAGACGAUAUCAAGGAGUGGACGACGGAAGGAAAAUACUUCGAAACGAACAAAGACAGUCUGCAGAGUAUCAUGAACGAACUCAUAAGUGCCUCUUGUAUUGACCCAGGUAAGCAAGUUGGACAUAGACGUCCAGGCAAUGGCACUCUCGUUCAAUGGUUCAUUGUGAAUACACGAGAAAACCAGAGUAACCGACAAAAAAAACGAUCUUAUGCCAAAUAGAUUAGACCUACUCUGUGAUAGUAAAGCCUUGUUACAAUAUAGUCGUAACGGUUGUAAAGUUUGAGUCACGAUCUUUCCCAUCAGUACCCUGGUUGCCAGAGGUUCUGUAUCUUUCGCCUUAAGAUACAGAACCUCUGGCAACCAAGGUAUCAUCUCAUCAGAAGAACCACAACAUUUUAGAACUGAAAAUAUGCGGAGUGAUUAUAACUAGAGAACACUUGUGAUUUAUAUGUGGUUUACAGGUAUAAACUAUUAUAAACUGGCCGUUGAGAAAGAUCGUGACUAUUAUAAACUGGCCGUUGAGAAAGAUCGUGACUCGAUUUUUACGACUAUAUGGAAACCAGGCUUAACUGAGCUAAUUUAAAAACACGUCACGUGGUGACGUCAUCAAAAACUUCAAUAAUUUCAAUCACUCAACCGUACCUGUCGAAACAUUUCAAGCAAAAUUUUAUGGUGGAUUCGUCUAAAAAAAAACACCCUAUAUGGCAAAAUGAGUAAAUAUCAAGAUUUUGUUGGUAUCUCACUCGAUUGAAUAAUAGUUGAAGGGUAUGGUAGAUGAAAUUAUCAGUGGAAAUUUAUAUACAUUUUAUUAGGACCGAACCGUCCUAACCAGGAACAGUUGUGAAAAAUGCAACGGAUAGAUCCCGCCCGGCUGACAAGGCAUUUUUUAAUAUCAUGGACUGGUGGGGCAUUUUCCCCACUGGGCCCCUUCCUCUGCCCCACCACUGAAGAAAAAAAAUGGAAAAUAGCCUAUUGCCCCAAAGCCGGGGCCCUAGGACCAGCAUGUAUUGAGUAAAUGAAUUUAACAUUGAAAAGAAGUUUAAAAAACAAAAUUUGUUGGUGAGCAUACUUAAACUUGAAUGCUUAGCAUGCAAUUUAUUACAAAUUUCACAAUUAAAACUUUGUUUUGAGAAGCUGAGAUUUUGUAAAAAAUGUGUUCUCCGAAUGCAGAAAAUGCUAUAUCAGAGACCCAAAUUUUAAAAAUUUCUUGGGGGGGCAUGCCCCAAGAUCCCCUUACCUAACUCGUGCCUGCGGUACUCAGAUUCACAUAUUCGGCAAUCGUAUACUAUCCUGAGAGGAGGGCAAGUAAAAUGGGCCCUUUGGCAGUUUUUCCCCACCACUGAAGAAUCCUUAAAAAAUGCACUGGCCGACAUGAACUUAUAUAGCUGUACGCCUCACCCCAAUUUCAUUUUCAGGCGAGUGCGGGUGUUCUGGAACCAUCACAGCUAAUGUAUUCGCUGCCCAAGGAGGGAAGGCCGUAAUCAACUGGGAAGUACCAACUCUUAAAUGUGCCUCUGGCCGCCAGGCGGUAAUUAAAAGCACGGAAGUUCAGCCACCCGGCGUCAGCCCCCCUGCAGAGUUUGGUGUUGGACAGCAUCGAGUCACAUAUACGUACGGUUAUCUGAGAGGAACAAAGGUGGUGAAACAACAAUGCCCAAUCGAAAUUGAUGUCGCAGGUAUGUAGGGAAGCGCGGGGGUCAAAUACAAUUAAUUUAAGGAAAAAAUAUCAUGUAAUACAGUUUUAAGGGCUUGAUGGUUGAGAAGACUUGUACUAAGCUAUGUAAGGGAGUUUGGCGGGGCAAUCGGUGCAUGGCAGUUCGCGCACCACCAUUUAGGGGGCGAUCGUCAGAGCAGCGAAUCUCGCUGGGACUUAUGAUACUUAUGCGAAAAGAGUCGGUGUUGACAGGGUGGGUCGGGUAAUGCCCCUAUAACUGACCCUUCCACCGUAGCUGUCCUCCGUAAUCAGACACGAGUCAUAAGGUGACUGCUAGAGCGCCCUUACUAAGCCUUCGACUGGAUCAGGUUGAGCUGCGUUCUUCGUAAUUCAGCUUAACUCUCAGCUGCAAGUAAAGAUCAUUAGCACCUCCCCCUCCCCGCCCCCACUUUAGAUGCUGUGGACAUCAGCUAUUAGAGACCUUACAGUAAAGUGUAGGCCGGCAAAGCGAUGGCGACGGCCAGAAUAAAUUCACUCACUAAUAAAUGAUUGUAAACAAAAAUUACGGGAACCACUGAGUAUUUUAAUAAAAUAUAAAACAACGGUAACUCCGAAAAUAAACAUUUUAAUAAUAUUCUAGCUUUCGACUAAGAUUCAGUCAUCAUCAGGAAUCAUUCCUGAUGAUGACUGAAUCUUAGUCGCAAGCUAGAAUAUUAUUAAAAUGUUUAUUUUCGGAGUUACCGUUGUUUUAUAUUGUAAACAAAGCUUAUCGUAUAUUGUCAAUCGUAUGAAUUUAACACAGCUUGAAGACUGGUUCAAAAGACAAAACAGAGACUUUCUAUUGAGUAGAGUUCCACAUUAGUACUGAAUCAAUUUGCUGAGUAUCCACUUCUUACGUCCUAAAAUGCAAACGUUGUACACAAUACGCCGUAAACACGCUUCUUUAGCAGUUAUAAACAAAUCUAAAUCAGUCUCCCGUGGAAUUUUAAUUCUUUCUUUUCUUAAAUAUUAUCAACUUCAUUGUAUCACUAGCCGUCGUAAUCACAUCGCCAUCCUAGAUCUUGAGGUCUCUAUAUAUUGUUGGCCGCGUGUUUAAUGAAGCUAUUUAUGAUUAUUUCAGCUUGUGAAUGCCCUGGAGUUGUUCGUGUUAAUGGUGAACUCGAUGGUGGUUCAAACACGGCCUCUGUUUCAUGGACAAUUCCCAAACCGAAUUGUCCUGCAUCUUUAAGAUCUGUCUCACCCCCCGAGACAAGAAAUGGAAACGGCAGAUACCCAAUUGGAAAAUAUGAUGUUAUCUAUAACUACGAACACAGCAGCGCCUCAGGAAGCUUUUCGCUGAACUGCCCCGUGAAAAUUACGAUUAAGGGUAAGUUGAUGCUUAUACUAAACUAGUCUAUAUUUUACUAAACCUGUGUACACACUGUUUAUACGUUCAGUAAGAGUCAUCUUUUAUUGAUACAGAAAGAAACAUGAACUAAACUAUUAACUUUAAAUUAAUAAUACUGGGUAGCUCUAUCAGUUCUAAACUGUUCUUCCUAGAGGUUCAGUAAGAAUCAUCUUUUAUUGCCAGUAUUACUACAGAAGGAAACAUAAACUAAACUAGCUCUAUCGGUUCUAAACUGUUCUUCCUAAAGGUCCAGUAAAGAUCAUCUCUUAUCGAUCAAGUAUUACUACAGGAGGAAACCUAAACUAAACUAACUUUAUUCAUACUGGAUAGCUCGAUCAGUUCUAAACUGUUCUUCCUAGAGGUUCAGUAAGAAUCAUCUUUUAUUGAUCCAUGCAUUACUACAGGAGGAAAAAAACUAAACUAACUUAUUUAUACUGGAUUGCUCUGUUGUUCUUCCUAGAGUUCAGUAAGAAUCAUCUUUUAUUGAUCCAUGUAUUACUACAGGAGGAGACAUAAACUAAACUAUAAAAUUUAUUGAUACUGGAUUGCUCUAUUAGUUCUAAACUGUUCUUCCUAGAGUUCAGUAAGAAUCUUCUCUUAUUGAUCAUGCGUGUAUUACUACAGGAGGAAACAUAAACUAAACUGACUCAGUUAUUAAUACUAUAGCAGUCAGUUCCAAACGGUUCUUCCGAGAAGCAAGGGUCCCUGAUCCUUAUUGAUCAGUGGUACAACUGUUACUAUACAAAAGGAAACCUAACUAUAGCAGCCUGUUAUUACACUUGCAAUUUUUGCUGCGAUGUCUAGUGAGAUUUUCUUCUUCCCACGUAUGUGAUCGAGUAGAUGAGUAGUGAAUGCUCUGAGAUUUUCUGAGUAUAUGUACUCUCAUCUAAUGAUUCACAACUCAUCCACUCGUUCACAUCCAUCAGAAGGAGAAAAUCGGAUCUGAAAUCGCAGCAAUAACCUCUCUAGAGCUCUAACCUCUCUAGAGGUCCAGUAAGGGCAAUGUGGCUUAGUAUUAUACAAGAAAAAAAGCACAAGUAAUUGUAACAAACCUGCGGCAGACUUGUAGCAAUGCUGUUCCAACAACUCGUCAACAGGAUGUGUUCGCACUGCUUGUUCCCAACUUGUUGACAAGUUGUCGACGGCUUGUUGACAACUUGCUACAAGUUUGUUGAGCUCAACAGACUUUGUUACAAGUUGUUCCAACAAUUUGUUACCGUGCUGCAAUUCAGCAACUUGAUAACAAGUUGUGAGUGAUAACCUUGUAGCAACUUGAUAAAAUAACUGCAUAGUUACAACUUGUUGACAAGCUUGCUAUAAGCCUGUUGCAAAAACAUCUCAAGUUUGUUAAUAGAAGAAACUGGAAUGCUUGGAAAAAAGCGCAUUGUUUGGUGGAACUCUUUCAUUCUACUCAUUCUGUUCUGUUUUCCAUAGGGCAAUUGUGCGGUGGAGUUGGUUUUGGGCCAUCGCAAGUGUGUUGUUGUGGAACAGUUCACGAGAGGAAAGCUAAUUAUGACUGCUGCGGACCCAAGUAUUACGACACUCGAAUUCAGAGAUGCGCAGAUUUUUACACACUGGUGAACAACUAAUAAGGAACUCUUCAUGUUAACACUUGUCUACUUACUUAGAAAAUUAUAUACAGCGUAACCACGGGACUGUGGUUAAAGGUGGAAUAGUCUUUAUACUUUAUACAAUUAUACUUACUUAGCAUUUUAUGCGCAAACAGUAAAAGGGUGUGUAAUCAAUUUUGAUAAACUUAGAGUAGAAAAAGAAUGAUGCUUUUGGGAUCAUUGUUAAAGAUUGUGUAAUUGUGAAGGAUUAAAAGAUUUCUGCUUAA